UUUAGAACUCAGCAUGAUCAGAAAAACUUCGGUCGACUCAGAUUUUGAGAUCAGAAUUAGCAGACAGAAUUCUAAUAUAAAAGCCUCAAAGAGGCUUUCUAUCAAUAGCAGAAAGUUUAGCCAAGGAUUGUUCGAAGAAAAGAAGACUAAGAGUUCGCUAAAAUUUAAGAAGAAUGGGAGGUCUAUUUUUCCUAACAGUUGCAAAAACAAGAGGCCUAAUUCAAGCAAUCCUCAUCUGCUCCAUUUCAAUCCGAUAUACAGAUACUCUAAGCUUCUAAAGGACAAUAGUAGUUAUCAGAAGCAGAAUAGGAUGAUUGCGAGAAGAGGAUUAGAAGAUAUGGAGAUUGAAAACCGUAGCUGCACAACCAAAAAUAGGCUGAGACUUAAAAUGACUCAGGCUCAAAAGAAUCUUGACUCCAUUCAUAAAUAAAAGAGAUGCUACCUUCUCAGCUAGGCAGAAGAAGAGGGACGAUAUUCUUACUAAAAUAGAUCAGCUCAGGAAGAGUCAGGAAGUUCAUGACUCAAUUCAGUUUAAGAAAGAUUUCAGACAAGUUAUUAAAAGAAGAAAGAAAGCUAUGCUCCAAGGCAAUAAUACCACCAGAAUUGAUGAGGUUAAAGCCAAGAAGAAGCAGCAGCUCAAGGAUAAAAUCUUAGAGAAACUCCAAAGAAAAGAAAUGGACAGAUCUCUCUUUCAAGCAAAUCAGAUAAAAGCUGAUCUUGAAGAUAGAGCUUUCCGGGCCAAAAUGCAGCAGAAAAAGAAAGUUCUAGAGCGUAAAAUUCGUGACUCCAGGUCAAUUGAGCCUUUUGAUGACUACAGUCAGGAGCAUUCCUACUCUCCAUUCAAAAGGAAGAGGACUAUCAAUAUUACAUACAAGCAAUACGAUGCUAUGAACCGUAGCAUUCAAGUCUCAAAGAAAGUGAAGGAGCUCAAGAAGAAUAAAGUUGAAGAAAUGAGGAAGAAGAAAUUUGAAAACAGCCAAAAGCAGAGACACGCCUUCGAAAUCAGACAAGAAAAUCAAAAAUAAGAAGAGAGAAUUCCUUCGUCAUACAAUGGUAGAUUUAUUAAAGAAGGCUAAUCGUGUCAAUAAGUCAGUUGAAGUUGAGAAGAGGACAACUAGCAGGAGGAGAAGAAGAGGGACUAGCAAGACCAUUAAUAUCACUUUAAUGAACUCCUCAUCACCCAAGAUGCAUAGAGUUCCUAAGAAGCAAGCUACGAUACAAUCUAAAAACCAUAUUAAGGAGAAGAAAAGGAAGGAGAACCUUAUUGAUCAGAUUUUGGAAAAAUAACCAGAGACAUAAGAAGAUAUGCAGAAUUAAAAACAAGUACCUCGCCAAAAUAUCCAAACAAAACCACAAACUCGUCGAGCAGACUGCUAGCGCAUACUCAGCCUUGUCUUCCUCCCUCGGGACUUAAACCACCCCUAAAGAUCCUCAAAAAUCUCCUUGAAUAGUACUUUUCCCUACAAAAUUUCCAAAAAAUUUCUUA